AUGAACUACUGGCAUGAAUUGGAACUACCGCAACCCCCGAGCACCCCCUCCCAGGCCCAUGGACAGCUUCCUUUUGUCAUCGCCACUAUUCCGUCAAUCGAACGCGUCACGGCAUUCAUACGGCCGCUAGAGUCAGUUCCGUCAAACGAACCCGUCACGGCAUUCACGCGACCGCUAGAGUCAGUUCCGUCAAACGAACCAGUCACGGCAUUCACACGGCCGCUAGAGUCAGUUCCGUCAAUCGAACGCGUCACGGCAUUCACACGGCCGCUAGAGUCAGUUCCGUCAAACGAACCCGUCACGGCAUUCACACGGCCGCUAGAGUCAGUUCCGUCAAACGAACCCGUCACGGCAUUCACACGUCCGCUAGAGUCAGUUCCGUCAAUCGAACCCGUCACGGCAUUCACACGGCCGCUAGAGUCAGUUCCGUCAAACGAACCAGUCACGGCAUUCACACGGCCGCUAGAGUCAGUUCCGUCAAACGAACGCGUCACGGCAUUCACACGGCCGCUAGAGUCAGUUCCGUCAAACGAACCAGUCACGGCAUUCACACGGCCGCUAGAGUCAGUUCCGUCAAUCGAACGCGUCACGGCAUUCACACGGCCGCUAGAGUCAGUUCCGUCAAUCAAACCCGUCACGGCAUUCACACGGCCGCUAGAGUCAGUUCCGUCAAACGAACCAGUCACGGCAUUCACACGGCCGCUAGAGUCAGUUCCGUCAAUCGAACCCGUCACGGCAUUCACACGGCCGCUAAAGUCAGCUCCGUCAAACGAACCCGCCGCUAUAUUCACCCAGUCUGUUGAGCCGGGUCCGUCAAAUGAACCCGCCGCGGUAUUCACACGGCGGGUUAAGCCAGCUCCGUCCAACCAACUCGCAGGGGCAUUUACCUGGUCGGUUCAACCGGCUCCGUCAAACGAACCCGCCGCUGCAUUCACCCGGAUGGUUGAACCGGAUCAGUCAAACAAAAACGCCGCGGCAUUCACACGUCCGCUAGAGUCAGCUCCGUCAAACUAA